UCACUGGAAACUGUCUAAAGUGAAAGUGGUUCCAAGAGUACUUUGGUUCCGCGGGGUGAAUGUGGGUCUGUGGGUCCGGGUUGUACUGGGGCACUGGUUCUGGCUGGUUUAGAGCUGUGUGGUGUUUGUCUUCCCAGAAGAUGAAGCUGUUGCUGCUGUUUCUUGCUGUCCUGGACGGCUCUCAGCGAGCUCCGGCCGUGCAGGUGGAGGUGUACGAAGGGGCCCGGUCUGUCCUGCUGCCCUGCAGGGUUUCCUUUGUACUCGAGGACACCACAGUGAUGUGGGACCGCUACGACCUCAGUCCCACAACCGUCCACCAGUGGUACGAGGGCCGAGACGAGCUGGACAACCAGAACCAGCGGUUCAGCGGCCGAACAGCGAUGGCGUCAGGUGAGGCAGAACCUGGGGACCUGAGCCUCAGUCUGAGAAAUCCACAAGCGUCUGAUAGCGGGAACUACUCCUGUGUCAUCAGCAAGAGGAAGGAACAAUUGAGACUAAGGAACAUACAGCUGAAGGUCAAAGUGUCCAAGGUGGAAGUGAAGGUGGAGCAGGGAUCUCAGUCUGUCCAGCUGCCCUGUGAGUCCCCGCCUCCCCUGCCCAAGGGCACCAGGGUGGAAUGGACGCGCUCCGACCCCAAACCCAUGAUCGUCCACGUCUUCCCCAACAGCAGCGAUCGGCGCCAACAGCAGGACGAGCAGUUCUGCAGCCGCACAGAGAUGAAGGCGGACCUGCUGAGGAGCGGGGACCUGGGCGUGACGCUGAGGUUCCCCACAGAGCGAGAUAGUGGAGAAUACGUGUGCAGUGUGUACAGAGAGGGAGACGUGCUGAGGCAGAAGGUGGAGCUGCGUUUGGUCAAGGAAAAGUUCCCAGCCUGGGCCACGGUUCUGAUGGUUCUGCUGGGUCUUGGACUUGUUGCUGGCGGAGGUUCAGCUCUUUAUUUGUGGCAGAACUUUACGAAAGUUCCCAAAGUGGAAGUAAGCGCUGGCGCCGACUCAGUCCUGCUGCCGUUUAGAACCAGCUCCAACCUGUCGCCAGACUUCACUGUGGCGUGGACCCGCUUUGGGCUCAGGCCCAUGGUAGUCCACCUGUAUCAGAACCAGAAAGAUUGGCCUGACAAACAGAACCAUGUUUACGCUAAUCGCACAAAGAUGACAGAAGAACCUGUACAAACCGGAGACCUCAGUCUGACCCUCAAACAGCCCCAGCCCCAUGACAGCGGAUUCUACACCUGCACCAUCAACAAUGGACGAGCCCAGCAGAAGACACACGUGAGGCUCCAAGUCAGAGUUCCCCAUGUGGUGGCGGUGGAGGGGGACGAGUCUGUUGUGCUGUCCUGUAGAACCAAGGUCCAACCUCCCCAUGAUGCCUUGGUGGAGUGGACCCGCAGUGAACCCUGGCCCAUGAUUGUCCACACGCACCAGAUCGACUCCAGCCUUCCAGACAAACUGGACUGGUUCUACAGGAACCGCACCACAGUGAAACUGGAGAAUAAAGUCCUGAGUCUGACACUGAAGGACCCAACGCUGUUUGAUGCUGGCACCUACAUCUGCACUGUGAGCAGAGCUGGACGGGUUCUGAUGACUCGGAACAUCUUGCUAAACGUCAAAGACCCAACUCUAAGCCAGGAUGAUGAAAGCAACCCAGCUGAUAUCAGCAGCGCCACACCUCUGAUCGCAAUGGAGGCAGUCUGAGGUCUGCUGGAGUUCAUCAUCAGAGGUUUAAUGUGCACACCAGCAGCACACACUGGACCUAAGGGUCAGAGAUCCCAGUAGUACAUGGGAUCUGGACUUACUGUGACUCUGUGAGGAACAAAACCUCCACCUUUCGAAACGUGUUAUGAUGGGAUACUGCAGCGGUGGCUGGCUUCCUGCUGUGGCGUGAGGCAGAGGUGCAUCACAGCUGCUCAUCUUCUGAACAUCUAUCUGAGCUUCCACUAAAAAAUAUAAACAACCACAGAGGAGGAUCUGGAUCCAGUUGCAGGUCCAGGUCCAGGUCCUCUAAGUUGUACUAAAGCUGCAAAUCCUAGAUGGCUGAUGUGUAGGAAGCCUCCUCUCCAGAUCACCACACUGGCCCAUUUCACAGCCAGUAAGUCUGUGUUGAUGACCUGUAGUUCCUGAACUCUGGCUCAUCAGCAGGGAUCCACUGGCAGUGGAUCUGCUGGAUCCUGCUUUAAAUUUCUGCUGCCAUCGGAUGCUAACGUUAGCAUAACUCUACGACAACUUCAGCAGGCAGCAGCAGUCUCUAUUGUUGUUGCAGGGGAUUUCAAUCAAGUUUGUCUAAAAUGUGUUCUUCAUCAGUCCUAUUCAGAUCACCCAGACUGAUUUGACUACUGGUCUCAGCUGUUAGGUAGAAAUGUUGUGACUGGUCGCUGUUACUGGUAGGUUGAGUUCAGAGGAAAAAAUGAUAGAUCAGUGAGUUACAGAAGAACCACAAGGAAAGGAAACAGUUACGACUGUUGGUUUAGAAGAAAUGAUCAGUCCUAGAGUCUGAGCUGCUCUGAACAACAUUACUAGGUCUGUCACAAAAGCAGAGAAACCAGUCUGGUACCAUCCAGCAGAGUAUCAGUGUUUGGUCCUGCUAGGACCCUGUCCUUCUACAGAGUUUCCUCUGACAAACACCUCCACACCUUCAAAACCACAUUCAUCGAACCCGGGAUCAGAAUCUAGUCUGGUUCCUCAGUGUCUUUGUGUUUCUAGGGUUUGGCACACGCGAUAUAAGAUAUAAUUACAGUGUGAAUUAGAGACCUGACGGGAGGCGGUGUUCAGGAGGGGACAUCUACACAGUCCCGGUAGUAAUUAUUCUCCAGAUGAUGUCUGAAUAUUGCUUUAUUACUUUUCAGUCUCAUUUAGCUUGUUGUGGAAAUCUUAUAAAGAAAUCAACCGGAGAUCAUCAGUGUGAUAAACCAUCAUGUUGACACAGAGUGGAUCACAAUUACAGUACAUCUAAGACGUAAGGCACAUCUUACUAUGUUUAAAGUAUCCACUGAAGAACUGAGGACACAAGGCCUGUAUUUAUAUCCUGUUACAAACCCCCACAUGAGGUGUUGACUAUUCUUUGAUAUAUGAGUGCAGUAAACCACCCUUUACUUCCUUAACAAUGUUCCCGAGGUCACCACAGUGAAACCUCCACCAUUUGAUAACCAAAUGCUUGAUGACCUCCAGGAACAGCCAUCAGCCAGAGGCACAGCAUCUCAUGACGAACACAACAUUUCCCACAAACUUCUGUUUCAAUUUGAACGUCUUAGUGAAUUAAACACUAAUUUGUUUCUAUUUACAAAAAUCUUUUUUUCUUUUGUACAAUGCACAAGAUGAAUAAAGGUUUGUGAAAUAGAAAAUGUA